AACGAACAAUUUAUUCGCUCCGCCAUUCACAUCAGCCAAAAUAAUACAAAAAAAAAUCAACGCACAUCAGAGAAACAACACACCGAAUAGAUCUCAAUCAAUCAAUGCCAAGCGAUUUUAUUUGCAUGGAAAAUUGAAAGUGUUUUUCAUUCAUCAUCUAAACAUCAUUUAACAAUUAUUUUCGAAUCACUUGAUUGAUUUUUAUAAAGAUUUUUGGCAUCUACAAACCAGACAGAGUGGUAAAUAACCAAUUUCGUCGUUCGCAAAGCAAUAAUUCAAAUUCAACAAGUGAUCCGAUUUAAAACAAUUUAAACGCCUAUCGAGCGAAAGAAACACAAUUUGAAAAACAUUACACUUGAAUUUUGGUAGCCAAAAGGCAUACGAGCGUCUAGCAAAAGCAGAAUCAAAUCACAAGUAAAAAGAAAUGAAUAAGAAAUAAAUUUAACGACGAACGAAUCAGCUGAAAAAAACGUGAUUCACGAUUGAAGAAAACAAAUCAUUUAUCGUGGGACGAGUGAAUGUGUUUGACGAAUAACAAACGACACACCAACAGCACUAUCAAUUUCAUCAGCAUAAAAUUUUUAUAUAUAUCAGCGAACACGAAGUUGAUCGAACACAAAAGGAUUUGAAGCAGAGAUAGUUUACCAUUGUUAUCGCUCCAAAUUACUUGGAAUAGACGAAAAGAAGACUUGAAAAUCUCUCCGUCGAUUGGCGAAGACGUUCAAAAGUUAUUUGAAUUUAUUGCAAAAAAGCGAGAAGCCCCAGAUUUAAUAGUGCAAUUGCAAAUUGCUGACAAAAUGACAAUGUGAAUUGGUUGAAUUAAUGAACAAAAAAACGAGUACAGUUAAAGUUUAAUCAAAGAUAAAUAAAGUGAACAAAAGCUUCAACAAUCUCUUCCUCUGCCAUCGAAGCUAACAAGAAAUCAAAUAACCAAGUGAAAGAAAUUCUCUUGAUUGAAAGGACAAAAAGUGUACAAGUGAAAAGAAAAUGAGAUCCGAAUUGACCGAAGAACCAUCGACCCAUUCAGCAAAUCGUCAUCAGAAUCAAUUUGUCGAAGACAUUGGCCAAUCGGUGGCCAAUGCACUGUUCGGUUACACCAAUGCCAUGGAUAAACAAACAACGCCCAACGAAGAAGAGACCGGAUCCGUAAGACCGAAACGCAGCGCCAAAAAAGUGCAACAGCAAGUUCAAUUGUUCGAUCCAGAGAUGACCGAUUCGAGUUCACAGAGUGACGACACAAGCGGUUGUGGUGGCAGUGGUCCAACAACGACACGGACAUCACGCGGUCGAAGUGCAACCAAUUCACGACGUCGAAAAGGCCAAUUGAAUGCAAAAGAGCGUAAUGCACGUCGUUUGGAAUCCAACGAACGCGAGCGUAUGCGAAUGCACUCUCUCAAUGAUGCUUUUCAGUCAUUGCGCGAGGUAAUUCCGCAUGUGAAAAAAGAACGUCGUCUAUCAAAAAUCGAGACGCUAACACUGGCUAAAAACUAUAUCGAAGCUCUAACUAAUAUAAUUGUAUUGAUGCGAGGAGAGGAUGGAAUCAAUGGUAAUGGUCUCACUUCAACUUCAAUUAGUUGUGAUUUUAUUGAAACAAAUACAGCCAACGAUAUCGACGUCAUUGAUACACUGAAAAAUGAUUGUUUCGAUGAAAAUUUUCCGGAUUUAAUGUAAUAAGUUUAGUUUAAAAACUAAAAAGUGCAUCAAUUGGUUCGUCUCAUCCAAAAUGAAAUCGAAUGAAAA